AUGGCUAUCGAUACUACCCACGAUGUCAAGAUGGCCGAUGAAAAGGCUCAGAUCGAAGACACUGCCAACUUCGAUCAAAAUGCAAAGGCUUCCGAAUACAAGGCCAGUGCCAUUGAGGCAGAGAAUGCCGAACACAACAUGGGCGUGUUGGAGGCCGUGAAAGCAUAUCCGAUGGCAUCUCUGUGGGCAUUCGUCAUGUCUUGCACCAUUAUCAUGGAAUCUUACUGUGUCUUCCUCAUCGGUAACUUCAUCGCUCUACCCGCCUUCACCAGAGAAUUCGGUAUCAUCAACCCUGCGACCGGCAAAUACGUGAUUGAGACCAAGUGGCAGUCCGCCCUUCAAGUCUCAGGCCAACUCGGUGCUUUAAUCGGAGUCUUCCUCGCCGGUCCUCUCACCAGUCGUAUUGGAUACCGAUGGGCAACGAUCACGGGUUUGAUGGCUUUAAACGGCUUCAUCUUCAUCUUUUACUUUGCCAACUCACUUCCUAUUAUGUUUGUCGCUCAACUUCUCGAGGGCAUGCCAUGGGGUAUCUUUAUUGCCAACGCUCCGGCAUACUGCAGUGAGAUUGUACCACUGAGACUUCGUGCUCCUGCUACCCAGAUGUUGCAAAUGUUCUGGGCCAUUGGUAGUAUCAUUGUGGGUGGUGUCACAUAUCAUUACAACACCAGUCCCAACGCGGACGCGUACAGAAUCCCCAUCGCCCUCCAAUGGUUGUUCCCAACCCCACUUGCAAUUCUUAUCUUCUGUGCACCAGAGUCACCAUGGUGGUUGGUGCGAAAAGGUCGUCUCGAUGAGGCAGUCAAUGCUGUUGGGCGUCUUGGACGAAAGUCCAGAUCGAACCCAGGUGAAACCGUGGCCAUGAUGCGUCGUACCGUUGAGCUUGAAUUGUCCGACAAGGAACCAAAUCACCUCGAGUUAUGGAAAGGUGUUGACCGUUACCGUACUCUUAUCGUUUGCUGCGUGUACCUGGCACAGAAUUUGACUGGUAACUUGAUUGCGAAUCAGGCCGUCUACUUUUUCGAGCAGGCUGGUAUAAGCACUGACACCGCAUUCGCUCUUGGUCUGAUUACUUCUGCCCUACAAUGGAUCUUCGUCAUGUUAUCUUGGAUCCUAACCACAUACAUCGGUCGACGAACCAUUUAUCUCUGGGGUUCAGCAAUCAACGUAUUUCUACUCAUUUGUCUCGGUAUUGCAGCCUCGGUUGGUGCAUCGCACGCGGCUAGUCUUGCACAGGCAUCCUUGGGAUUGAUCGUCUCGGUUCUGUUUACUUUGGGUCCUGCUCCUGCAUCCUGGGUCAUUAUUGGAGAAACUUCAUCUAUCCGUCUUCGACCCCUUACCACUGGUAUUGGACGUGCUUGCUACUAUAUUGUCGAAAUUCCUUGCAUUUUCCUCGCAAGUUAUAUGCUCAACCCAACUGGUGGAAACCUUGGUGGUAAAUGUGGUUACGUCUGGGGUGGAACUGGUCUCGUCUGCUUGAUUGCCGCAUACUUCUACCUUCCUGAGAUGAAGGGGCGAUCUUACCGUGAGAUUGACAUCUUGUUCAAACGCAAGGUGCCAGCGCGUAAAUGGAAGAAGACGGAGAUCGAUAUCAAUGAUGAUGAGUAG